AUGAAUUUCUAUGAUGGCGCAUUCCUGGUAUUGAUAUCAGCCUGUGGUCUUCUUACGUGGCGACAAUAUCAAACCAAAGAAGAGUCCACAGAAGAUAGAAAGAACAAUGAUGAUAUUGCCCCUCUAGCAAAAGCAGAAGCAAGCCGCUUCACCAAAUUAUUCCUUACUGUCUAUUGUCUUGUGAUGGCAUCAGAUUGGCUUCAAGGUCCCUAUGUUUACAGUCUUUACAAAGAUCAAUUUGGACUCGAUGAAAAAAUCGUAGCAUUACUCUUCACAACUGGCUUUCUAUCUGGUGGCAUAUCAGGAUACUUUGUUGGUUCAUUCGCAGAUAAAUAUGGUCGCAAAUCAGCAUGUCUCGUCUUCUGUCUUACCUAUUCGCUUUCAUGCUUUUCAACCAUCUUUCCUAGCACUCCAAUAUUGUUCGUUGGACGAAUCUUUGGAGGUUUAAGUACAAGCUUGAUGUUUAGCGCUUUUGAAAGUUGGAUGGUUACGGAAUAUCAUAAGAGUAAUAUACAAAAAGCGGGAAUGAGUUUGAAUAGUCUGUUUGGAGUUAUGUCUACUUUAAAUAGUGUCAUGGCUAUUCUGUCAGGUGUUUUUAGCGAAUGGUUGGUUCAAAUUACAGAUGAUAGAAGAAUGCCAUUUAUGGCUUCUGCAUGUCUUUUGGGAGUUUCUGCAUAUAUCAUUACUAUCUAUUGGAGACCGAAAACUACGGCGAUAGUGCAACCAAAGCUCAAAAGUCCGCCUCUGGCACCUCUGGCACCCCUGAAUCUUCCCCCACCCCUACCAACGACAAUUCUCCCUCGCGCACUUCCAAAGCUCCCCCUCCUACAACCUCAGCCCUCAGUUUAA